AUGUCUGGCUGGCUAAACUUCCCUUCCGGAGGUCCAACAGGGCCUCCUCAAUAUAAUAACGAUCCUCAAUAUAACAACGUCCGCGAAGCCCAGCAGCCGUAUAGUUCCUUUCCCGCCGCCGCCGCCGCAUCUUUCCCCCAAGAUGAAUGGAUAACCUUCUUUCCCGCCCCCGACGUCCCAUCUUUUCCUGAAGUUGCACAGAACAACUUCUUCCCGGCUGCAUCUUUACCACAAGAUGCACAAAUGAUCUUGAUUCCCGCCGCCGCCACCGCAUCUCUGCCACAAGAUGCAAACAACUUCCCGCCGCCGCAGAUGGCACCAGCAGAGGUGCCACUGCAAUAUACUGCCCAGUACGGGCAGAACUAUACCCAUGAACCGGGCUACUAUCAGCCCGGUAUGAUGGAUCCCGGAUUUGCGCAGCCGCAGCAGCAGCAGCAGCAGCAUAUUCCAAACCCCGGAUAUAUUACAUCCGGGUAUGACUUGACGCCCCAGCCGGGGUACCAGAUGUACAAUGGAUUCGUGCCUCAGCAGAAUCCGGCCCCCGCGUGUAUCGACCACGCAUACAACCUGGUGCCUCAGCCGGGCUAUCACAUGAACAGCGGAUUCGUGCCUCAGCAGAAUCCAGGCCCGGGACAAGUCAACUUCGGGUACGACCUCCAAGUCCCGGCAUGGCCUCCCCAACCGGACUACCAAAUGCCGGUCAGUGUUGUCAGCCAGGUAGAUGUCGUCAACAGCACUGUCAUCACGCCUGUCGGGGCCGUCCAAGCCGUCAACAGCAACGUCCCGGCUUCACAUGCAGCUUUCCUUGCCGCUCCCGCGCCCGCGCCCGCUCCCGCUCCCGCUCCCGCUCCAGCGCCUGAGCCUCCAAUGCAGGUCAUUGUAGGCCCAGAACUCGAUGAAGACUUCGAAAGAGGCUUUGCUGAGUACGACGAAUGGGUCGUAACGGAGGCAGAAAGGGAGGCAGAAAGGGGUCUUUUCUGGGAGGAGGAGGAGGAGGAGAAGGAGGAAGAGAAGAAGAAGAAGGAGAAGGAGAUGGCGGCUCCUCGCAAAAAGGGCUUCUUCUUGGGACGAGAGUGCUUCCCGCCAGAAUCAGUCUGGAAAGAGGGGUGGAAAGGCCCUCGAUCCUAG